GAUCUUUGCCUUUGUCGCACAUGUGGUGAUGCUGUGUUAUGUUUACGUUUUGAAUUGAUUGCGAGCAGUGGACGAAUGUGUCAUUACCGUCACAUUUGGAUUGUUUUGCUUCCCGUUUACACAAGUUAGAAGUUUGAAUAAUGGCUAAGAAGAAAAUUGUAAUGAAAGAGCAGCCAGUACACAAAGUAAAGAAGUCUGUGACAAAGAAGUCCUUGCCACAUAUCCUAAAACUAGAUGACAAACCAAGAAGAGUAAAAGGAGAUCCAAUUCAAAGGUCCAUCAAGGACAUUAAAGAUUUAGUAAAUUCUAUCCAUAAGAGUGAAAAUGUGGAACAGCAGAAAGUGACCGGUAUUUCCCACAGUCAACAACAACAAGGUCGAACACCUAUUCCAAAAGAAAAGCUACUGCGCUACAGCAGAGGUUCUGGAGUUGAUAAAGACACUAUAAAAACUAAAGUAUGGAAGAAACGAAUCAGUAAGCAGGAAAGGAAAAUAGAAUAUGCAACAGAGCAAGCAGCAAGGGCAGAACUAUUACUGACAGAGGACAGUGGUUAUCUGGUUCCUGAUGAAGGAGAGGUAACUACGCAGUUUACGCAGAGCCAGAUAGCAGCCUCAGUUGAUAUCACAAGUGCUACAAAGCAUUUUGACCUUCAACUUCCUUUUGGAUCUUACAGGAUGAGGUACAGUCGUAAUGGUCGCUUUUUGUUGCUUGGUGGAAGGAGAGGUCAUGUUGCAGCAUUUGACUGGGUUACGAAGAAGCUGUUUUGUGAAAUGAAUGUAAUGGAGGAAGUCUUUGACGUUCAGUGGCUGCAUAUAGAAACAAUGUUUGCUGUUGCACAGAAGAAUUGGGUGUACGUAUAUGACAACCAAGGUAUAGAAUUACACUGUCUGAAGAAUUUACACCACGUUCUAAGGAUGGAGUUCCUGCCAUACCACUUCCUGCUGGCUACCAGUAGUGAAGAAGGAUACCUUGCAUGGUUAGAUGUUUCCAUUGGAAAGAUAAUUUCUCGAUAUAAUGCAAGGCUAGGAAGGCUUAAUAUAAUGACACAAAAUCCAUACAAUGCUGUCCUUUGUUUAGGGCAUUCGAAAGGUACUGUAACUAUGUGGAGUCCAAACGUCCGUGAACCACUUGCCAAAAUGUUGUGCCACAAGCAUCCACUAUUGGCUGUAGCUGUUGACCCUGCAGGCAUGUACAUGGCAACCAGUUCUGUGGACCGGAGCUUAAAACUGUGGGAUAUGCGCAUGCUUGAAGGACCAUUACAGCACUAUAACCUCCGUUCUCCAGCAACACAGCUUUCAUUCAGCCAGCCUGGACUGCUUGCUGUGGGCAUGGGCAGUGUAGUUGAGGUAUACAGGGACUGCAUCAGAUCGACAGCUGAAAAACCGUACAUCCGUCAUCAAGUUGGUAAAACUAUAGGAAACUUACAGUUUUGUCCAUAUGAGGAUGUUCUCGGUGUAGCAACAGCAGGUGGCUUCAGCAGCCUUCUUGUACCAGGAAGUGGAGAACCAAAUUUUGAUGCACUUGAGAGCAAUCCAUUCCAGAGCAAAUCUCAGAGACGAGAAGCAGAAGUGAAGGCAUUGUUAGAGAAGAUUCAGCCUGAGUUGAUAACGCUAGACCCAUCAGUGAUUGCAGAAGUUGACGUGCCAACUCUGAAAGACAAGGUAGAAGCAAAGAAGAAACUCCUGUAUAUUAAGCCACCUAAGAUAGAUUAUCAGCAUCGCAAAGGUGGUAGAAGGAAAGGUACUGUUAAAGCAAUGCAGACAAAGAAAAUCCUCCAGGAACAAGCCAAAAAGGAGUUUAUUUCAACCAUAAAGUCUGUUACAAAUGAUGGAGUUGUACCACAGGAGCAAGAUUCUGGGAAGAUCAAAAUGAAAAGUAGUGUCUUAGACAGGUUCAAACCAAAGACAAAACAAUGACUUCAUUGUAAUAACUGUGAUAUUGUACAUUCAAAAUAAAUAUAUGUUUAUAAAUA